AUGGCAGGUUUCCAGCAAGCUGAAGAUACAGUCGACAGACUUGAUUUGGAUGGACUUGUUGUCAUCGGUGGUGAUGAUUCAAACACUAACACAUGCCUCCUCGGUGAAUACUUCAGGAGGUCCCAAACAAGCUUUGAAUUUGACACUGCUUGCAAGGUUGCUAGGAAGAAGGAAACACUCAAGAAUGUCACAGACUACAUUACCGAUGUUGUUUGCAAACGUGCAGAACUUGUUUACAACUAUGGAGUUGUCCUAAUACCGGAAGGCUUGAUUGAUUUCAUCCUAGAGAUUCAAAAACUCAUUGCAGAAUUGAAUGAAAUUUUGGCACAUGAUGUUGUUGACGAGGCAGGGGCUUGGAAAAGCAAGCUUGAACCAGCAUCUAGGGAGUUGUUUGACUUCUUGCCCAAAACCAUUCAGGAGCAGCUUUUUCUUGAAAGAGAUCCCCAUGGCAAUGUUCAGGUUGCGAAAAUUGAAACUGAGAAAAUUCUUAUUGCCAUGGUUGAAACUGAAUUGGAGAAGAGAAGAGCGGCGGGGAAGUAAUCUGCACAUUUCAGAGGCCAGUCUCUAGAUGCUGGUUGUGUGUGUGUGUG